AUGCUAUGGCAACAAUUAACAAAAGAAGAGGAGGAAUGCAUUUUUGCGGAAUAUCAUUAUACGGGUGCAACCACUAAUAUACAUCCUCUGUUAUCAAGCCUCGUUAAUUAUACUCAUCCGGUGAAAUUUUCUGGUUUCGAUGUUGCUGAAGCGAAUAAUCUGCAUUUCCACAUGUCUUCGUUCUCGGAAAGUACGGGUUUGGGAUACCUGAAGCAGAGUGCUCCAGAAUUCGUCAAUUACAAUAAGCGCCAACUGUGCAGAAUAUAUCCAAAAGGCGCUCGCGUUGAUUCUAGCAAUUUCUUGCCUCAGAUAUUUUGGAAUGCUGGUUGUCAGAUGGUGGCAUUAAAUUUCCAAACUCCUGAUAUAUCUAUGCAGCUCAAUCAAGGAAAAUUCCAGUAUAACGGUGGAUGCGGGUAUCUUUUAAAGCCGGAUUUCAUGAGACGACCUGACAGGUCAUUUGAUCCAUUUUCCGAAUCUCCUGUUGAUGGUGUAAUUGCAGCGCACUGCACCGUAAAGGUUAUAUCAGGUCAUUUUUUAUGUGAUAGAAAAGUUGGAACUUACGUAGAGGCAGAAAUGUAUGGUCUUCCGACAGACACGAUACGAAAAGAACAUCGAACGCGUACCGUACCUGCUAAUGGAUUGAAUCCUAUCUACAAUAGUGAUCCCUUUGUUUUCAGAAAGGUCGUCUUACCGGAAUUAGCCCUUUUACGUCUCGCUGUUUAUGACGAAAAUGGAAAGCAACUUGGACAAAGAAUAUUGCCGUUAGAUGGUCUACAAGCAGGUUACCGACAUAUAACACUUCGUACAGAGUCAAACAUGCCUAUGGUAUUGCCAUGCCUUUUUGUUCGGAUUGUCAUCAAGACUUAUGUUCCUGAUGAGUUCAGUGGCCUAGUAGAUGCACUGGCGGAUCCACGUGCCUAUGUUUCCGCACAGGAAAAACGGAGAGAAGCUUUAUAUAAUAUGGGUGUUGAAGAUUCAGACAUAGUGGAAGUGACAUCAUGUUCGCAGAAGACACCACCGAACAAAAAUACACUACGAAUAAAUGGAGGCCCAUCAGAUCAAAACUGCGAGUCAUUAAAAUCAAUGGUAUUAUCGAAGGAUUCAGUUCGUUCGAACAUGGAAGCUACAGAUGGUAGGCAGAAGAUGGAAGCGAUCAAUAUUAAUGAUUUGAAGAAAGACAAAUGUUUUCAAAAAUUAGUUCGAAAAUUUCAAAAAGAUAUGAACGAACUGAAGAAGCGACAUCAAAAACAGAGGGGAUCAGUUCAAAAGCAACAGCAAAUGACUGUCGAUAAAUUGAUUUGUGACAGUUGCAAGCAGUCUAGGCGAACAGUGGGUAACAGUUCAGGAAGUCAGAAACACCAAUCACUGUCGCAUAUGAAGUCCGAACCAAUACCGCACAAUGUUGACAUGACUAAUAAUUAUAAAAUGAAGUCCUUAGUAUUGUCUCAAACGGAUGAGUGGUCGUCGAUGAUGCGAAGGCACGAAAGAGAAUGUCACGAUCUAAGACGAUCGCAAAUAAAAGAAGAAUUUGAAUGUCUAGGGAAACUGCUUCAGGAUGCUCAAAAACAGCAAAUGAAUAUGUUAAAACUGAGGUUGGAAGCUGAGAACAAAGAUUUGAAGCAAGCUCAAACAAAAAAGAGUAUGGACGAUGCUCGAGCUAUACAACAGGAUAAAAACAUCAAGACAAAGGCAGAAAGGGAUCGACGAAUAAAAGAAAUGAAUGAAAAAAAUUUGAAAGUGUUUUGCGAAGAACGGAAAAGGCUGGCCAUAAAAGCCCAAAAACAUGAAGAACAGCUGAUGAAAAGGCACGGAGAGCAAUACAAACAGUUUGAGAAAGAUGCAGAAAAGGAGCUAGAAUUGGAAGAAAUGAGUCAUCGAGAAAGUCAGUUGGCAUCAAAACCUGAAUUCAUUUGUUAA